AUUGUGAACGAUUUACCCACAAGAAGCAGCACAUACAUGACAACCAGUUUGACAUUUCCAACUGUCAGCAGCAGCUCUUUGCAAAAACAAUAUUUGCUGCCUGUGCUAGCAGAAAUCCACCCAAAGUUUAUUAUAGAAUUUAACGCGAGUUUUUGUACAAAUUAAGCUUAAUAAACCGGUUAAAAACACGAAUUUUAUAGUAGAAACAAAGUAAUUACAAUGUCAGAUCUUGAUAAGUGGAUAGAAACAGUUAAGGAGUGUAAAUAUUUGCCAGAGAAUGACUUGAAAAAACUAUGUGAUAUCGUGUGUGAAAUUUUACUUGAGGAAUCCAACAUACAACCAGUUAGCACGCCCGUCACAGUAUGUGGCGAUAUACACGGACAGUUUUACGAUUUGGAAGAGCUCUUCCGCACAGGUGGUCAAAUACCCGAUACCAAUUAUAUUUUCAUGGGUGAUUUUGUGGACCGUGGCUAUUAUAGUCUCGAAACAUUGACACGUCUGCUUACACUGAAGGCACGCUAUCCUGACCGCAUUACACUGCUGCGUGGAAACCACGAAUCGCGACAAAUUACCAAAGUGUAUGGAUUUUUCGAUGAAUGUUUCACCAAGUACGGAAAUGCCAAUGCAUGGAAAUACUGUUGCAAAGUUUUUGACCUACUGACAAUCGCUGCGAUAAUUGAUGAAGAGGUGCUAUGCGUGCAUGGUGGUCUCAGUCCGGAAAUAAUCACACUUGACCAAAUACGUACUAUAGAUCGCAAUGGUGAAAUUCCUUAUAAAGGUGCAUUCUGCGAUCUCGUGUGGUCGGAUCCUGAAGAUAUGGAUCUAUGGGGCCAGAGUCCGCGUGGUGCAGGUUGGUUAUUCGGUCAGCUAGUGACCAAGGACUUUAUGAACAUCAACAAUUUAGAAUUGAUUUGUCGCGCACAUCAGCUCGUCAACGAAGGUAUUAAAUACAUGUUCGAUAGUAAACUUGUGACAGUAUGGUCAGCGCCCAACUAUUGCUAUCGUUGUGGCAAUGUGGCUGCGAUUUUGACAUUUAAAACGGCCAAAGAUCGCACAACUAGUAUUUUUAAUGCGGUGCCCGAAACGGAUCGAGUUAUACCACAACAGAAUACGACACCAUAUUUUCUGUAAAUAAGCAAAUAUGUUUGUCCACCCGCCCACUUGUGAUUGCUCAUUGUGGAGUAUACUUUGCCUUUAAUGCUUACGCUGUGUUCUUCUCUACUCCACGUUUUUGAUAUACUCGAUUUACGAUAGAUUUGAUAUGUAAGAAUCUAUUUAAAAGACAAUUAUCUGUUAAACAUACAUACACAUGUAAUAACAAUAGCAAAACUAUAUAAAGUAUUGCAGUAUUGGUACCAACUGCGCGAUACAAUUCUUUCAACUAGAAGCCUGCAAUAUAACACAACGUAUUUAAAUGCA